AUGGCAACAACAAAAAAAAGAAAAAUAUCACCAUGUUCAUUAGGAUCAUGUGGUGAUAUUACAGCUUACAAUGUUUGUGGUCAAAAUAGACUACCCGGUUCAUUAGUUGAUAAAAUUGAUUUUGAUGCACAAGGAUUAACUCCUAUUGAAACAAGAUUUUUGGCUUUUCCUUUACUACAAGAACCUAAAUCUUUUAAAUCUUUGAAUUUAUUAGAUUUUUCAUUAUAUAUUAAACUAGUUUCUUAUCAUCCUUCUACUACAAAUACUACACAUCAGGUAAAAAAUGAUUUAAUUUCGACAAAAUUAUUAUCACCUUUCAAAAUUGAUAUUUAUCUUGUCAGAAUAUGUGAUCUUGAAACUGCAAAAAAAAGAAUUUUAAAGAUAGAAGAUGUAUUAAAAGAUCCUAAUGAUAUAAAAAGACAUCAAUUGAAAGAUCAGUUUGAUAUAUUGAUGAGUUACAGUGUGCAGAUUUCAUGUUCAACAGAUUGUGUUUUUAAUGAUCAUGAAAUAAUUAUGUGUAGAUCUUUUUUAAAAGAAGAACAGAAAAUUUGUGAAAUAUCAGAUAAUGAUAAUGAAAGUACGAUAUAUAAUACUGGAAAUUAUAGAAUAAUAAUGGUAAUAGAUUAUAUGGAUUGGAUGUAUCAAAGUCGUAUCAAAGAUGAUGAUAUUGCAGUUGAUGAUAAAAUUGAUUUAGGAGAUACAUUUGAAAGAAAUAAUUCUGGUCAUCCAGUUAUGAUUUCGAGUGGAAGUAUUGAAGUAUCAUAUCAUCCAAAUUUGACACAAGUUAACAGUAUUGAAGCAUUUUCUCAAAUGGUUGCAAAUCGAAUUAUAGAUAAAAUACCUAGACCUGCUGCUGAGGUUAAGAAUGAUGAUAAAGAUCUUUAA